GCAGGUAAAAACAAGGUGAGAUUGUCGAUGACUGACGAGCUUCACUGUCCCGAUCCCAGCGAAGUAGCUGACUUCAGCAAGAAAAUGACUCUGCAGGAGAAGCUUGAUUUCAUCGACGGAGAGAUUAGAAAAAUUCAUAUCUUCUGCACUAAAUCGGGAUACAGCGCUUCCCAAAUCGAACAUCUUGCCAAACCUUUCUUUGAUAAAGAUACUAACAGCAUAAGUUCAACGAUAUGGGUCAGUGGAAAGGCGUGGAAGAGGCGUGCUGUGGCGUUAACUACAAUGAUUGUGGCUACUCUUUUUUUAUUUCGUUACGAUCCAGCCUACAGGCUAGCCAGCGCCCUUAGCAAGCAAGGAGCCAUUCAGGUAAGUCGCCUCAUCUUGUUUACAAGGUUUUAUUAUUUUUUUAAAUAGGCCUACUGUUUAAAUUGCCAUAGAAAAUUUGAAAUCGAUCAGUCAGCUGAACGCAAUCUUGAAAAGCGAUGAUAGACAUGCCAAAAAUAUUUGUUUAAGCUAAAUGAAAAUACGGAAGAUUUUAAGGAAUUUCAGACACUGUAAAGAUUUGCUUGUUUGAUGAUCGUUCUUUGAAAAAAAGACAACAACUAAAAAGUUACAACAACAAAAUGAUCAACAACACAGUUUUGUCCGCAUCAUAUACUUAAAUUAGAACUAAAUCGUAUGAUUAUACAAUUAUAACUUGAUUUGCUAAACCUUUCUCAGUUUGAGAACUAUUUUUGGCAGUUAUAUUUCUAUGCAGUUGGGCGUUCGCCCGGGUGUCCGCUUACCGAUGGCAAGUGGGCAACUUACAGUUAUGCAUUUUUGUUAAUAUCUUUUAAAAAUAAAAUGAAAUCUUGCCAUUGAUUGGGCCCUUUGUCUCCGGCCUGGAAAACAGUAUUUUUAGUCGCCAUCCGCCCCUGGUUCUAUGAAUGAAAGGAAAUGUGUACACCCCUGAGGCCUACACUGAUAUUUUAUGCUGCAAUAUAUUAUUAUUUAAUAUAUCUUAAUGCAAAGCAUCAAAAUGCCACUUUACCCCAACGAAUGGCCACCUCCAUUUAACUCAGUGCGACCUUUGCCCAACCACUAUUUAAUUCCAUGCCACGUCCACCUAACUUUUGCCCCUCCACCAAAUUCAAUACGGGUGACACCUCCCUCAGCUCAGUAGGCUACCUUCUUCUGCCAACUCAGUGGGCUACUCCUUUCCCUCAGUUUAGUGGUCUAUCUACUUAUCCCAACUCAGUGGGCCACCUACUUACCCCACUUACCCCACUUCAGAGGGCUAUCUACUUCCUCUAAUUCAGUGGGCUACACUUUCAGCUCAACUACUUACAUUUCCAGGAAACUCCAUACCACGUUCAGUAAAGUAUAAUUUUCUCGUCGACCUAACUACACUAGUACCCUUCCACCCCCCUGACCGUAAGAAGAGGGGGGGUGUCCGCCCCAGGUGCCACUUAUUUUGGGGUGUCAUUUUUCAAACACAUUAUACUUUAUAUCGCUUAUUUAAUAAGUGCAUUCUGUAUGGUGUGUGGCAAAAUCAAGGAUUGCCCCAGUCGUCACAAACUCUACUUAUUCCCCUGCUUCCGUCCAAAUAAUUUCCACCUCCACUCAAUUCAGCCCCACUUUCACUCAAUUAAUUUCCACCUACCCCCAAUUCAGCUCCACUUUCACUCAACUAAUUUCCACCUUCACCCAAUACAACUCCACUUUCACACAACUAAUUUCCACCUUCACCCAAUUCAGCACCAGUUUCACCCAACUAAUUUCCACCUUCACCCAAUUCAGUACCACUUUCACUCAACUAAUUUCCACCUUCACCCAAUUCAGUACCAGUUUCACCCAACUAAUUUCCACCUUCACCCAAUUCAGUACCAGUUUCAACCAACUAAUUUCCACCUUCAACCAAUUCAGUACCAGUUUCACCCAAAUAAUUUCCACCUUCACCCAAUUCAGUACCAGUUUCACCCAACUAAUUUCCACCUUCACCCAAUUCAGUACCAGUUUCACCCAAUUCAGUACCAGUUUCACCCAACUAAUUUCCACCUUCACCCAAUUCAGUACCACUUUCACUCAACUAAUUUCCACCUUCACCCAAUUUAGCUCCUUUUUCACCCAACAAAUUUCCACCUUCACCCAAUUCAGUACCAGUUUCACCCAACUAAUUUCCACCUUCACCCAAUUCAGUACCACUUUCACUCAACUAAUUUCCACCUUCACCCAAUUCAGCUCCACUUUCACCCAACUAAUUUCCACCUUCACCCAAUUCAGUACCAAUUUCACCCAACUAAUUUCCACCUUCACCCAAUUCAGUACCAGUUUCACCCAAAUAAUUUCCACCUUCACCCAAUUCAGUACCACUUUCACCCAACUAAUUUCCACCCCUGUCCAAAUCAGAACAGCUUUCGCCCAGAACGGGUCCAACACCACAUGGCAAGCAAUAUUUCUUGUGGUGUCCUAACGGCUGCCAGAUGAACAUGAUGUCCAUUUAUUUAUGUAUCCAAUAUCAGUUUGAGGACAUUAAACCUCAAUUUCCCCACAUGUUAUCGAGUUUGAGAGUAAGUGGUGGGGGGAGGCAGGUUGAUAAUACAGUUUUAUAAGGGAGGAGCUCCUAGACAGCCGUCUUAAGAUGAAACACGAUAAUUAUGUUCCGUUUGGGGGGAGGGGGGCAAUCAAUAGCUGACAGUCCUAGCCAGGAAGUGCCGAUGUAAUUACAUUUUAUGUGGAGUCGAUCAUUGAAAUUGAGGAGGAUGGGUGGGACGUAGAAGGGACAGAGAUAACAGUGCUACAGGAGAAUAUGGGAUAAGAAGGUUGUUUGAGAGAGUGAGUAAAAUUGAGAGGGAUUUUAAAGUUAAAGGAAUGUUGAGCAGCACGUGGAUGGAUUGAAAAAUAUGAGAGACAGUUUUAAGAAGCAAUGCAAACAUUUGAUAGGGUUAAGGUGAGAAACAAGACAUCUUAAUUUUUUUUUUUAAAUAUGAAGGGUUUGUUUGAGAGAGAGAGAGAGAAAGAGAGAGAGAGAGAGAGAGAGAGAGAAAGAAAGAGAGAGAGAGAGAGAGAGAAAGAGAGAGAGAGGGGGGGGGAGAGAGAGAGAGAGAGAGAGAGAGAGAGAGAGAGAGAGAGAGAGAGAGAGAGAGAGAGAUUUUUAAGAAGCAAUGCAAACAUUUGAUAGGGUUAAGGUGAGAAACAAGACAUCUUAAUUUUUUUUUUAAAUAUGAAGGGUUUGUUUGAGAGAGAGAGAGAGAAAGAGAGAGAGAGAGAGAGAGAGAGAGAAAGAAAGAGAGAGAGAGAGAGAGAGAAAGAGAGAGAGAGGGAGGGGGAGAGAGAGAGAGAGAGAGAGAGAGAGAGAGAGAGAGAGAGAGAGAGAGAGAGAGAGAGAGACAGAGAGUGAGAGAGUGAGAACAUGACAUAACAUUUAAAUAGUCAAAAAAGGCUGUGAUGCAGUUGAUGAAAGCUGGGUGCAAGUUUAACAAUCACGCAUCUAAAUUAAAUUGUUUAAUGAAGGAAAAAGUUCAUUUUAAAUCGUGAUUCGGUUAUAUUUUUCAGGUAACCGCUAUGGGCUCAUAUUCCACCUACAAUAAAUUCUUCAACUCCCGUUUUAAAUCUACUCGUGCUGAAGGCUACGUUUAAAAAAUCUUUAAUAUUUCUUCAUCAAUUCAAAGAAUUCGAAUCCGUCGUCUCUGGUCUCUCAAGCGACCACCCUCACCCCCGUUCCCCAAGGCCCCCCCCCCCCCCCAACACUAUUCAACUCAAGUGAAGUUUGCGGUGAAAGUUUUUUUAAAAGAUAAACUAUAUUCAAAGAUGCGGUCGGGCUUUGUUGUAUGUAAUUUUUUUCAAGAGCUUCUGUGGUGAAAAACACACAAAAUGCCAAAGGUGAAAACAAUAAACUUCAGCUGCCGCCUAUAUCGAUGUAACAAUUUCAAACGACAGUCGGAGCAAGCAGCAAAGUUACUCUUGAUAAAUCUAUAUCAAACACAUGAAACAAAUGUGUGUCUAGCAGUGUCAAGUACCGUACUGAUGUUGAACAAGUGGCAACACACGUACACAGGCCAAAACUCACCGUUUUCCGCUCUCCACAUUGACCUCAACCUCCAUUCCACCCCUCUCGAUAUCACCCUUUACCCCAUUCCAACCCUCUCUCCCCACCUCCAUCCUCUCACACAUCCCACACUCUUCCCCACAUUUUUUUCACUAUUCCACCCUCUCCCCCAUUCAACCUUCUCCCCCAUUCAACCUUCUCCCCCAUUCAACCCUUUCCCCUAUUCAAUCCUCUCCCCACGCCACUCUCUCCCAAAUUCCACCUCUCACCACCUCCAUCCUCUCUCCAUUCCACCCUCAAACAUUCCACAAUCCCCCCUCCUUACAACCCUCUCCUCACAUAACCCUCUCCUCACUUAACCCUCUCCCCAUUCCACCCCUCCAUCCUCUUCCCCACCCCAUCUCCCCCAUUACUUCCUCUCCACCUCCCCAUGUCAACCCUCUCCUCCACAACAUCCUCUCUCCCACCCCACCCUCUCCCCAUCUCCAUCCCCCCUUUUCUUUUUUUCGUCCGUUAGCUCAACUACAAAACACGGUUACACGUUCAAUUUUCCGGUAUUAGUUUUUAUUCAGUCUUAGAGAUGUCGACGUCACAAGCUUCAGUGAUUCGUACUUGUGGUCUGAGGACUGGUGGUGGGUGGAGAGAGAGAAGGAGAGAGAGAGAGAGAGGGUAUUGAAAUAUGGCUGGACCAUGUGGAGAGGAAGGGUGACGGGUCUCAAGACACUGGGCUGCUUGGGCCACAGUCGGGGCUGAGGGGGGCCCCGAAAUAAAACAACAAAAUAUAAGCUCGAAAGUUUAGAGAAUUAUAAAACUAAUUUUAAAUCCAUCCAUCCCUGCGGCACUACAGCCCAUGUAGGGCUUUGCUCUGCCUCACCACUUCCUUCCACUCAGACCUAACCGAUGUUUUUCUUUUCCAUGCAUGAUUCCUAGCAGCUGUAAAUCUUUUUUCCGAAUGGUCUAUUCGUCAAAGUUUAUAUAACCCUUUUAUAUCCAACAUCAUGUACCACAUUUAUUACUACACGUAAACCCCAUUCAGGGUUCAAGUCCUGAAAAAAAGUGUGAGAACUCACCUAAGACACAAUUAAAAUGCAUUUAUAUUUUAGCAAAAAAAAAACAAAAAAAAAAAAAAAAAAAAAAAAAAAAAAAAACAAAAAAAAAAAAAAAAAAAAAAAAAAAAAAAAAAAAAAAAAAAAAAAAAAAAAAAAAAAAAAAAAAAAAAAAAAAAACACCUCUAUAUAAAAUAAGAAAAGGUACAAGAACGACGUUCCCAGGCGUUCCUGCGGGACUUGAGCCCUGACGUCAUCUAAAACUACAUACCAUAUUUGUAAAGAUGAAACGUGGACUGAAGCCUAUCAGGCCCGCGCCUAGGAAAUUCUGGGCCCCAGGCAGAGGCAGCUUACAGAGUUCGGGCCCUUUUUGUGUUUCAAACAUGUGCUCAUAUUUUAAUAAUUCGAACCCUUGAAAAGUGCCAUCGUUGCACCCCCCCCCCCUUUCCCAGGUGCGGGCCUGAGCCCAUGGAAACCAAGCACCGCAAUAAACAAAUCGAUCUCCCAAUAAUAGCAGCUAAUUUUAUACAAGACGUUGGCCAAUGAAACUUGACUCCGUGACACAAAAUUGUGCCAUGUCAGGGUACAAGUUCAUGCAUCAACAUACGCAGCUUUGGAAAGAUGCUUGGGGGGGGGGGUGGUGGUGGUGGUGGUGGUGGUAAUUACAUCAACAGUUACAUGUUCGACCGUUUAUACUUUUGUGUAAGGUAAUAAAGUGGAAUUUCAUUGAUGUGCCUGCUCUCUUCGCUAUCCCCUAGUGUUAUGUUGUUGUUUUUGCACGAUUAUGCCAAGGGAGAUUAUUAAAGAGAACACAGUUAUGCGUCUUGCUUGUUGCCUGGGAAAGACGAGAGUAGAGAGUAGACCAAUUUCACGAUUGAUUGUAGAUCUGGCUUGUUACAAUGUUUGGUUAUAUAUUUUAUCGUCAAUGUUCUCUCUUUCAGAUACAUAUUGAAACAUUUUUUUUCCACGCAUGCACACGAAAUACAUAAUAACGUCCUAUUGGCUGGUUAAAUUUUUUAGCUGCCGUUUGCGUUAGCUAUGGUUAUGUUUUAAGAUGAUAUGUUUGGUUUAGUGCAAACCCCGUUAUGCAAGGACAUCUUUGUCUGCGUUACAGUUGGCUGUUGAGAUUUGACAUGAAUCGUCGCAUUCACAAUUGUGUUGCUUGCUCUGUGGGCUAGUCCUUUAGAUAAGCGUUUAGACCCGACUUCACCUGACCACUUGGGCUUAAGUAAACCCCCUUUAAAAAAAAAAACGUGCUAGAUGGCAGUCGGAAGGGAGUUAACCCAGGUGGACAGCCAGGGGGGAGCGAAACAACAUGAUAAGGAGGGAGAUCAAUGGUGGUCAUGUCAAACUCAUGUGACUUGUAAUCCCUUCCUGUUAGAUAAUUUAUUAAAACAGAAGAGGGCUGCUGUAUGAGCAAUUAAUGGAUUUAAAUCCUUUGAAAUCAUUGAAGUAUGGUCUGGUUUGACCAUUGAAACUUUAAACACAUGUAGAAUCGAAGGGAAAAAAAUAAUCUCUGAAGUCUGAACUUUUUUUUUUAUUGCGUUCAGAGAAAACGCAACCUUUAGAUCAUUUUGAGGUAAUUAAUGAGAACACAUCUCAUGCUUAAAUUCUAGGACGAUUUUUUUGGAUCAAGAAGUUUGAGAACACCCGUUUAAAAAAAAAAGAUAUAAUAUAUAUAUAUUUUCUGAAUUGUCAUUGUUAUACAACUCGGAUCAAUGAAAGAUAUUUCUAAUAAAGGGGAUGGCAAGUUCACAGAUAAAACAAUUAUUUAUACCGUAGACGUAUAGUUAUUUCCCAAGCCCAACUUUGCCCGUGACAUUUCACGGUGAUUUUCUCAAUUGUUACCGUGCUAAACAAUAUAAAUGUUGUGGCCAUAAUGGAUUGCAGGUCAAUGUCUCUAAAACUGACUGAAACUAGGGAACAUGGGGAUAGGCUGUAUCUAGAUAAUAAUAAUAUAAUCCACCCAGGGUGAGUUGAGGAGUGCCACUUUUCCGGAUCAUACCGGAAUUUCGAAUUCAAGAGGCUGAAUAUUUUUCAGCUCCGGAUUCACGAGUUUUUAAUUUUCUCUCGCUCCGGAUUCACCAGUUGAGUUCAUUCAAAUACGGAUUAUGGGUUAAAAAAAAACAACAACAAAAAACAACAACAAAAAACAACGUGUAAGAAAGCGCGAAAGCCUAUUCGGCAUCAGCAGGUUCGUUAUAAAUAGAGCAGGUACUGCGACCUCUCGCUUUUGUCUGCAAGCCUCUCGCUUUCCUUUGUAAUCAUUGCACAAGAAAUUGUUUCUACAUUGCAUGAGUUUCGUUAACUUUCAGGGAUUGAAAAAUUUCUAAAUGAAGUUUCAGGUUUCAAAAAUUUUUUAGAAAGUGAUUUCAUGGUUCACUGCUUUCAGUGAGUGGCACGAGUGGCACACUGAGUUCUUAAAUGGCUUUAAAAUCUGAAGUUGGCCGAAAAUGCCGCAAAUCCGUAUAGAAGGAAAAAAAAAAGAAGGUUUUGCCAGGGGCGGAACACCACCACCGCCCCCUUCUUACGCCACUAUCUCACAGUCGUGCCACCCCAACUCCUACCGAAGCCACCCUGAAGCCCGACCCCACAUGUCGUGAUGAAAAUAGCAUCCCCCGGACACAGCAGAGGUUUGGGUGAACUCCCCGGACACAGCAGAGGUUUGGGUGAACUCCCCGGACACAGCAGAGGUUUGGGUGAACUCCCCGGACACAGCAGAGGUUUGGGUGAGCUCCCCGGACACAGCAGAGGUUUGGGUGAGUUCCCCGGACACAGCAGAGGUUUGGGUGAGCACCCCGGACACAGCAGAGGUUUGGGUGAACUCACCGGACACAGCAGAGGUUUGGGUGAACUCCCCGGACACAGCAGAGGUUUGGGUGAACUCCCCGGACACAGCAGAGGUUUGGCUGAAAUUAUUGACGAGCUUAUCACCUCGGGGAUGGGGAGUGUUGGCCCCGUGAGGGGGUUUUAGGUGGGACAUAGGGGGAUCAUCAUGUUAGGUACCCAAAUAUUUCUUUACCAGAAAUAUACCUCGUGGCACUAGAUGUCAACAUGCGCGAGAGCCCACGUCGUCACCUCUAACUCUGCUCUAAUGUAAUAAUUACUCCCUUCAAUAAAGUGGGAUCAGUGGCAGAUUAGGGUGGGUGGUCAAGAGGGGCCCUUUGAGACACAUGAUUCUUCAAGAUUAUAACAAUUUUUUUUUCAAAAUUGUUUCAAAACUAGUUUUCCAUAUGGAUGCCUUUUUUUUUUCUUCAAACUAUUAUAUUCUUAAUGGGCGAGUCUAUACAUUCGUAACGGGGUACAAAAGGGGGGGAAGGGUGGGGGAAGGGUGGGGGAAUGGCACUCAGGUUAAGUAAAAGGAAAGCUCUUGUUGUCCUCUCGGAUACUACAUUGCAGCUAAGUUGUUUUGUUUUUUAAUUUUAUAUGGUCUUUACUGUUGCUUGUUUGCUGAAGAAGGCUUCUUGCCGACACGUUCGUUAUUUUGUGGCGUCCUUCUUUUUUCUUCGGUAUUUCCCAUACUUUGUUUCUCUAAUUUCCUCUACAAAUUUGAAUAAUUUGACCUACUGAAUAUUUUGUUUAGAAAAUUGUUAAGCAGGGAGUAUCCCUAAAGAACGAUAUUUUUAUCCCGACUCAAAAGAGCAUUCAAUGGACGAGGACUUGGUCACUCGAUGAUAGCUAGCAGAGUAGGCUGAGGGUCAAUGGACGAGGACUUGGUCACUCGAUGAUAGCUAGCAGAGUAGGCUGAGGGUCAAUGGACGAGGACUUGGUCACUCGAUGAUAGCUAGCAGAGUAGGCUGAGGGUCAAUGGACGAGGACUUGGUCACUCGAUGAUAGCUAGCAGAGUAGGCUGAGGGUCAAUGGACGAGGACUUGGUCACUCGAUGAUAGCUAGCAGAGUAGGCUAAUGGUCAAUGGACGAGGACUUGGUCACUCGAUGAUAGCUAGCAGAGUGAGGACUUAGUCACUCGAUGCUAGCAGAGUAUGCUGAGGGUCAAUGGACGAGGACUUGGUCACUCGAUGCUAGCAGAGUAUGCUGAGGGUCAAUGGACGAGGACUUGGUCACUCGAUGCUAGCAGAGUAUGCUGAAGGUCAAUGGACGAGGACUUGGUCACUCGAUGCUAGCAGAGUAUGCUGAGGGUCAAUGGACGAGGACUUGGUAAUUGAAUGAUAGCAGAGUAGGCUGAGGGUCAAUGGACGAGGACUUGGUCACUCGAUGCUAGCAGAGUAGGCUGAGGGUCAAUGGACGAGGACUUGGUCAUUCGAUGAUAGCUAGCAGAGUAUGCUGAGGGUCAAUGGACGAAGACUUGGUCACUCGAUGCUAGCAGAGUAUGCUGCGGGUCAAUGGACGAGGACUUGGUAAUUCAAUGAUAGCAGAGUAGGCUGAGGGUCAAUGGACGAGGGCUUGGUCACUCGAUUCUAGCAGAGUAUGCUGAGGGUCAAUGGACGAGCACUUGGUCAUUCGAUGAAAGCUAGCAGAGUAUGCUGAGGGUCAAUGGACGAGGACUUGGUCACUCGAUGCUAGCAGAGUAGGCUGAGGGUCAAUGGACGAGUUCUUGGUCACUCGAUGAUAGCUAGCAGAGUAGGAUGAGAAUCAAUGGACGAGGACUUGGUCGCUCGAUGCUAGCAGAGUAGGCUGAGGGUCAAUGGACGAUGACUUGGUCACUCGAUGAUAGCAGAGUAUGCUGAGGGUCAAUGGACGAGGACUUGCUCACUCGAUGCUAGCAGAGUAGGCUGAGGGUCAAUAGACGAGGACUUGGUCACUCGAUGAUAGCAGAGUAGGCUGAGGGUCAAAUAUUAACUGAAACCAACAGCUGCGAUAUCAUGGGGAAAAGUUGCCACAGAAGAGUCAUGCUACUGAUAAGAGAAUGGUCAUAUCAUUUCAGAUCCUGCCACUGUGGGACUGGACCCAACUCUAUCACUCGCCAUGUUGGGUGAACAACCCCCUUUACGUCGUCACCGGCCUGCAGUUGUCGGAUUGCGAGGUGAGAGGAUAGUUAGGCCAUAUGUCACAUUUUUAUGGGUUCAUUUCAUCUAUGUAAUUCACAUUAAUUGGUACGACCUUGGUACAAAAAUGUGCUAUGUUUAGUGAGGCUAACUUCCGGUUUGGCUAAGGCAUAGUUUAGUUAUUUUGAGAAAUAUAAAUCGUUCGUUAUUGUAUUUAUGUCGGAUUUUCUGAUCAAAACUUUUUAUAAAGUAUGAAUGAGACGAAAUAAUACGAAGGUAUUUGAACACGGCAGUGUAGACUCUCACUUUGUACCUACAAACAAUAUGUGGAAUACGUUGUUUCUGCAUUUUAGAUAUGCGAGGCUGUAGACAGAGUGUCCAAAGUAUCUCAGGUGAAUGGCCGACAGCUGAUGGAUGAAUUUAUCAAAAGGGAUGUUCCGGUCAUUGUUACAGACGGGUUGAAGGACUGGCCUUUGGCCAAAAACAUGACCAUCCUCAAACUUGCAGAGGUCAGUUUUACCAAUUUAAUUAAAACAUUUUUUUUCAUAUCAAAACAAAGAACAGUUUGUCCCAUAAACCUAAUAUGAUCAUCCCAUUAACCUAUUAUGACGAUCCCACAUAGGCCCAUUUUCUAUUUUUCUUCAUUCUUCGCGAAGAUUUAUUAAAAGAAAUAUUUUUAAAAAGUUGUUCAUUGACAUCCUUUUCAAAAUGUAAUCUCAGGCAAUGGGGGUGGGGCUAAAAAUUUUGCAAAAAAAAUGCCUUCCAAAGGUUGCAUUGUUAUAUCCCAGGCCAAACAUGCCUUCCAACGGUUGCAUUAUUAUAUCCCAGGCCAAACAUGCCUUCCAACGGUUGCAUUGUUAUAUCCCAGGCCAAACACGCCUUCCAAAGGUUGCAUUGUUAUAUCCCAGGCCAGACAUGCCUUCCAAAGGUUGCAUUGUUAUAUCCCAGAAGGUUGUACGGGUAAUAAAAUGACGUCAUUUUCCUGUCAUUUCCCACAGACUUACAGAGGAAACACGGCACUAAACCAGCACGACAGCUGCGGGUUCUCCAGCAGUGUCAAGAACGGUGAUCACAUGAAGGUCCUCAGCUUAGCCAGGGUCAACAAACUGGACAAGUUUUACGCUCACUGGUGAGGUCCUUAACCCCUUGACCUUGGCAGAUUUCAAAACUGAACACGGGUCAAUAAUUUCGAUGAAGAUUUGGUCAGUUUGGCUGGUUUAGUUUUAAGUCACGCAUCGAACACAUCUUUAAAUAUCCUUAGAUUAAAACCAAGCUCUUAUAAACACUAUAAGAACUGCAGAUCUACUUUACUGUAGUUUACCAUUCAUCACCCUGUGUAACGUACGACUUCGGUCCUAACGUUGGGGGGGGGGGGGGAGGACUACCCCCAGGACAACACACACACACAAACAAACACACAGACACCACAAGAAACAUAUUAUAAAUCAUUUAAAGCCUGGGCGUCUCUCUCUCUUUUCUUCAUUCUAGUUGGGGAAACAUUGCCCUAGUAGGACGGUAUCACCUGUAUGUGCAAAUUAAUUUGAAUAUCUCUCACAUGUCACUUUAGGGCCCAGAUCCUCCAUUAAAAUGGUCAGUAAAAUGAUUUCGAAAUCCACCCUUCACCACUUCUAAACACAAAAAACGUUGUCUUGUAGGGAAAGACUCUGAAAUCUGUGUAAACGAAAUGAUUUGGGUGAAAUUUUUUUUUACAUCUUGAAUUGUGUCUGUAGGGGAUACAAAUGUAAUAAAAUACUGAAUAUUCUAAUUGUUUCAAAUGGUCAUGAUAUUUAAAAAGUGACCAUGGUAAAUAAAACAACUUAAAUCUAAACAUUUAAAAAAAAAAAAUUACCUUGAAGUCAAAAUUAAAAAAAAAAAAAGAAAGAAAGAUUCAGGGGCGAAACGAGAAAUUGUACCGCCUGGGGGGAACUUGAAACCACCCCCCCCCCCCCCCCAACGUGACACUUUUUUUCCACCGAAAACAGUAAAUAUAAAUUAAAUAUUUAUAGUCCUUUUCAGCACAGUGAAACCUGGAAAUAACAAUUGGAUGCAGAGGCGUAGCGUGGUGGGGGCAGGAGGGACAGAUGUCCCCGGGCGCCAGCUAGUUAGGGGCGUCAAAAUGUGCUUUGAUAAUAUUUUAUUGAUGAAAAUAAUGGGUUUGAAAGUUGAACAAAAGAAAAAGGGGCGCUAAAAAUGGAUCUUGUCCCCGGGCGCGAAUCUUGUCCCCGGGCGCCAAACACCCUCGCUACGCCACUGAUUGGAUGUCAUAUUUCUUUCAAAUUUCAAUAAUUAUUUAAUUCAUUGUUUGUUUGUUUUUUUUGUCAGGAAAAAUUGCAACUUCGAGGCUGCUAAAGCUUUCCGUAAACUGUACCAGCGCCCCUACUUCCUCCCCUCCUCCGUGUCUCUACUCCCCACCAGCUGGGUGUCCAUCUCAGCCAACUACAGCAGUAGACUCUACAAGCCUGUAAGUCCUCAACACAAUUCUAUGCAGCGGGUUAGCACAUGUCAGCAACUCUGCACUUUUAAAAAAAAAUUGUUUAUCAAAGUUAUUCAAUGGAUAUUUCAUUUGUCUGUAAAGAAUAAAAUAAAAAUUGAUCGGUCAAAUUGAGCUGCUGGUUAUUCAUUUAAAUUGCUAUUUGACCCUUGGCCAUAUGAUCGUGGUCAAUGAUGAUAUCAUGUGAAUAGAUUAGAAGUAAUCGGCUCGGCAGACUCAUCUCACAAUGACAUCUGACAGGUGGACAUGACCUGGGAUCUGCUGUUGUUCAUGCAAGUGAAGGGCAAGAGUCGGGUCAAGCUGCAGCCAUGGGAACCCUGCACUGAGGUGUGCUCCAGUUUUGAGGAGUUUCUGCAUGAAGGAGAAAUAUGUGAGUUUUAAAUAACUGCAUGUAAUCUUACAUGAUAUAUAAGAUGCGUGAUACAUGACAUUAUAUUUUGUCAUAAAUGGCAUUAGAAAAUAUCAUACAAGACAGGAUAUAUCAUACAAGACAUUAUGAUAUAUGACACAUGAAAUAGUUAAAAUAUAUAAUGAAACUCUCUUAAAGAUGGUAUGCAAUUCUCAACAAAUAUUGGAAGCUCCACUUUCUCGCUAUUUAUCCCUACCAUUUGUAGUCCAGGCCAUCUCUGAUUGAUUUAUUUGUCCCACUGCUUUUUGCUAUGGUUGUGUACUCACUUCAAAACUUUCUGUCUUUGUUCUAGUGGUGACCACCAGUUUUAUGUGGAAACUCGACUACAAACCAUCCAAACAAGCUGAAAACAUUGCUGUUGUUGUGGCUGGACUCUUUGAUUAAGUGCUUGUGGUGGGCACAUCCACCGCGAAUGGGCAGCAGAGAUCAUUGCACUGAGUAACAGUCUCUGCUGAACUGAGUCAACAAAAUGCCAGACAAAUACAAAAUAAUAAAAAGAGACUUUAAAAUAUGUUGCUUAACCAUUUAAUCAUUUAAACAAAUUGAGUUAAUGUUUUACAGCCCAUAUAUAAAAAAUAAAAAUCAACGCACAAAUGAUUUUCAUGAUGGAAGCUUUAUAUUUUAGUGAC